AUGAGCGCUUCACCGACAGCGUCGAGCCAGCUCGUCCGGGUCGACGACAGCGUUUCCUUCCUCAACAGUGGCGGCCAAAACAUUGUCUGCAAGUCCUGGAGUGCUGACGCAGAGCCGAGGUCGGCGCUGGUGUUCCUUGCCCACGGCUACGCCGAGCACUGCCACGACCCCAGCUACGACGCCCUGGCUCGGGCGCUGGUCGGACUCGGCUGCUACGUGUUCGCUCACGACCACGUCGGCCACGGAAAGAGCGAUGGGCCCCGGGCAACAGUGACGUCAGCCGACGUGUACGUGGAUGACAUCUUGAGUCACGUGGACACCGUCCGGGCCAAGUCCUCGGGCAAGCCUGUCUACCUCGUGGGCUAUUCUAUGGGUGGCCUCCUCGUCGUCCGAGCUGUCCAGCGCCGACCCAAGGACUUCGCAGGCAUGGUGCUGCUGGCGCCACUUUUGGGCGUUGAACAGGUCUCGUGGUUCAAGGCGAACCUAGUUCGCGUUCUGGGUCGUCUGCUGCCCAGCCUUCCCAUAGCCAAGACGGCCGUCGAGCUGGCGUGCCGGGACCCCGUGGCCGUCAAGCAGAUGAACGACGACCCCCUGCGCUACCGCGGCAACGUGAGUGCGGGCUGGGCAGCCGCCAUCUUCAGUGCGCUCGAGGCCGCCCACGCCGAGGUCAACGUUCUGGAGCUGCCAAUUUUCAUCCAGCACGGCUCCGGUGACAAGCUGUGCGACCCCGACGCCUCAUUUGGUUUCUUCAAGAAUGCUCCCAGCAAAGACAAGAGUAUCAAGAUCUACAGCGACGCGUAUCACAGCCUGCUGAAGGAACCCGAAGGUGUCGGCCAGCAAGCCCUGAAAGACAUCGUGAACUGGUGCUCUUCGAGGCUUCCCACCGAGGAGGAGACACCGGCAGUGCAACCGCGCUUGUCCGAUCAACAGCAGAGUGACGCAGCAACUCUCACAGCAAUGCCUUCGACUGCAUAAA